AUGGAUAUCGACUGCAAUGACUAUCUAAGGAUGAGAGAUAUUAAAAUAUCAGAACCAAUAUCUCAUCAAAAGAUAGUGCAACUUGAAAUUCUGAUCCAUUGGAUCUUUAUGAUUUCUGAGAAAAAUAACCUUAAUACGAAAACAAUAGAAUUGGCUGCAAUAUUAAUAAAGAUUUAUGCUUCUCAAAACUCGAUGCAACCAGAUAAUUUAAAAUUAUUGGGAAUAGCCUCAUUAAUGAUUGCAGUCAAAUUUAAUGAAUGUCAAACCUAAAUCAAUAUGAACAUAGACGAUUGUGCAUCACAAUGUAACUUUGAAUUUAGUUCUAAAUAAAUAUUGGAAAUGGAAAUGAGUAUUCUGACACUUGUGGACUAUGAUGUAAAUAUCACCACAAUAACUGACUAUUACAAUCAAUAGGCAGUUCAUUCUGAUCUUAUUUUGUUUGUCACUCUUGAUUCAGACUUCCUUUACUAUUAAAAAUAUGAAUUGUUUGAAGCUAUAACCAAUUUUUAUUCUGAAGAUACAGAAAAUAUACCAAUACAAAUUAAAAAUGUUAUCUAAAAAAUAAACCAGAAGAUAUAAAAAUUGACAUCAACAGAAAGUUAGCAAAUUCCAUCAAUAAGAAGAAAGAGGAUCUUCAAAAGAAAAUUCAGAGGUGCUAAAUAAUAAGUCACUUCAAACAAUAUGCAGUGA